AUGCGCAUGAUGGUCAAUGACAGCGCAUCGCGUCGAAGGCGAAUAGCUGCGUCCCGACGAUCAAGCCAGAGAACCAGGACAGAGAGUCCGCGAGAAGUUCGGCUUACAGGAGUUCCGACGAGCCAAGAAGACCACCGGAUAGACUCUGAUGCGGCCGCUGAGGAGAGUGAGCGGCGAAGCGCCCGACUACGAGCCUCCAACGGAAGCCGCCCGCGGAGACGGGGAGUCGAUCUCCAGAAUUCAGCGUUGAAUUACAUGCAUGACGAAGCAAUCCAUUGCGACGAACGAACAUCAUGCCCGCUCGAGUCCGGUCGGUACGGCAAGGAGUCCACUCCAGAAUCAUGGCUACGGCCAACAACGACCGGUUUCACAUGCCAGUUUGGCUUUCAAAUGCUGUUGCUGCUGAACGCAGUUACAAAUGCGGACCUUACGAGUAGGGAGUACUCCCCGCCACUGCUUGAGGAGUCAGGAGAGGCUGGACCUCUUGCGAAAGCAAGGGCUUCUGGCAGGUCUCAGAAUCCGAUACUGGUGGAAGACGUCAACCGACAUGGAGUUGCUCUCCGAGCGACUUCGACAGGCCGAACGGUCCUUGACAUCCUGUACUCAGAGGCACCUGCAGACUAG